AUGCGGGGUAAGGUCUGUGAGACACCCUCCCCCUUCGUGGGGGUGGAGAAACAGAGGGAACAAGUAUUAGUCGGUAUCGUCGGGGCACUUUUUCUGACUCUCCUAUUCUCCGGAAUCGUGAUGGGCAUCGGACGGAGACGUCGCAAGUUGAGGCAUGAAGCCCUUGGAGAGCAAAUCCCUGACUCUAUGUCUCCAUACGAUUGGACAAUUAAAUUCAGGGCGAAGACGGAAGAGGCUGACUCGAGGAAUCCAGCACUAGAGCCUUCGUUAAUAUUUUUGGAGGCGGACACAGAAGACCCCGAGCAGUCCUCAGAGCUACUCGCUGUCUCUGACCGACUGGAAGAUGGGCGCACGAUGAAGGCAUUCAUGCAGGCAUGAGCUCCGAGAAGUCCACGCCAACAUUACUCCUAUCCCCUCUGGACC